CACAUUUGCCCUGAGUCACCUGUCCAGAGCAGGAGGUGAAGGCGGUGUUCAAUUCACAGCAUCCCAACCACCGGAGCCUGGCUUCUGACUCGGAGAGCAGCCUCUCUAUAUGAGAAAGGGGCGUCCACUGCUCAUUUUUCACUGGUUCGGACCCAGGCCUGGGCCACAGGCUGUCCUGGAAUAAAUGGUGCUGUGGCCCCUGCUGGGCAGCUGCAGAGAGAAGCCAGGGACGUGGCGGCCUGGGAGGCUGUGUGCAGGGAGGCAGGUGGGCGCCAGGGACACAUGAAGUGGCAGCCAAGCCCAAUCCUGCCACCACCCACCAACCGAGGCCCCGAGAUCAAGAAAGGAAGAAGGGCAGCUUUACUGCCUCUCUGAGGAUGGAGCCACACAGCCGUUCUGGAAAGAGCAGGAAAUCUGCAAAAUUCCGGUCCAUCUCUCGGUCCCUGAUCCUCUGUAAUGCUAAGACCAGUGACGAUGGCUCUAGUCCUGAUGAGAAAUAUCCUGAUCCCUUUGAGAUGUCCCUGGGCCGGGGCAAGGAGGGAAUUUUCCACUCCUCUGUGCAGCUGGCAGACACGUCAGAAGCUGGGCCCAGCAGCAUUCCUGAUCUAGCCUUGGCCUCUGAGGCUGCUAAUCUCCAAGCAGCUGGGAGCGAUCGAAGCAAGACCUGUAGGAGGAUAUUCUUCAUGAAGGAGUCUUCCACAACUUCCUCUCAAGAAAAGUCUGGAAAGCUAGAAGCGCAAAGUAAUAACUACCUGCUUCCCAAAGCCUGCCAUCAAAGGACACGCAGCAACUCAACCAGUGUUAAUCCCUACUGCACAGGAGAAAUAGAUUUCCCCAUGACCAAGAACUCUGCAACAACCACAGACAGGCAGCCUUAUUCUCUCUGCAGUAACAGGAAGUCACUCUCCCAACAACUGGAUUACCCAGCAGGAAAGGCUGCGGGCACUUCCAGACCGAUGCGGUCACUGAGCACAGCUCAGCUCUUGCAGCCCUCCGGGGCCCUCCAGGCUUCUGUCAUCUCCAACAUCGUGCUGAUGAAGGGCCAGGCCAAGGGCCUGGGCUUCAGCAUUGUCGGGGGAAAGGACAGCAUUUAUGGCCCCAUUGGAAUUUACGUCAAAACGAUCUUUGCAGGGGGAGCAGCAGCAGCCGAUGGAAGGCUCCAAGAAGGUGAUGAAAUUCUGGAACUCAAUGGUGAAUCAAUGGCUGGGCUAACACAUCAGGAUGCUCUGCAGAAAUUCAAGCAAGCCAAAAAGGGGCUCCUCACCCUCACAGUGCGCACGCGUCUGACGGCUCCCCACUCCCUGCCCAGCCACCUGUCUCCGCCACUGUGCCGCUCCCUGAGCUCCAGCACCUGUGCCACCAAGGACAGCAGGCCCUUCACCGCAGAAAGCCCCAUGGCUCCCGCCAACACUGCCAAGCCCAAUUACAGAAUCAUGGUGGAGGUGUCUCUGGAGAAAGAGGCUGGCGUUGGCCUGGGGAUCGGCCUGUGCAGUGUCCCCUGCUUCCAGUGCAUCUCGGGUAUCUUCGUUCACACUCUCUCUCCAGGGUCUGUGGCGCAUCUGGAUGGACGGCUCCGGUGUGGCGAUGAGAUUGUGGAGAUCAGUGAUUCCCCAGUGCACUGCAUGACGCUCAAUGAAGUCUACGAGAUUCUGAGUCACUGCAGUCCUGGCCCCAUCCCCAUCAUUGUUAGCCGACAUCCAGACCCACAGGUCUCUGAACAGCAACUCAAAGAAGCUGUGGCCCAGGCUGUGGAGAACAUCAAGUUUGGAAAGGAGAGGCAUCAGUGGAGCCUGGAAGGUGUCAAAAGGCUGGAGAGCAGUUGGCACGGGCGGCCGACCUUAGAGAAGGAGCGAGAGAAGAACUCAGCACCCCCACAGCGCAGGGCUCAGAAGGUCAUGGUCCGCUCCAGCAGUGACAGCAGCUACAUGUCUGGGUCCCCAGGGGGGAGUCCCUGCAGUGGUGGCGGUGAACAGCAGCCCCCUGACCUGGAAGUCAGCACCCACAGUGCCAGCCUGCACCUUGGGCAGGAGACCCAGGUGCUGCCCUCGGCAGCAUCCAGAUUGCCUCAGGGGAGCCCACCCCACCCUGGGAGCCAGGACAGCAACCCACCGCUGAGACUGAAGAAAUCCUUUGAAAUUUUGGUGAGAAAGCCCACAUCCUCCAAGCCCAAGCCUCCACCCAGAAAAUACUUUAAAAGUGACAGCGACCCCCAGAAGAGUUUGGAAGAGAGGGACAACUCCAUAUGCCCUUCUGGGCACACCUUGCCCACCUGUGGCCAGGAAGCAAGGGAGCUGUUGCUACCCCAGCCACGGCAGGAAGACGCAGCAGGGGGAUCCUCCUGCACCCUUGCCUGCUGCCCAGGACCCGGAGUUGCCCUGCAGACUACGGCCUCCACAGAGGGCGAGCCAGGCAGAAGAGUUAGUCCAGCACACCAAACAUCCCCAAUAAAACACCCACUGCUCAAGAGGCAGGCUCGGAUGGACUAUAGCCUUGACGCCACAGCCGAAGACCCUUGGAUUAGAAUUUCUGACUGCAUCAAAAACUUAUUUAGCCCCAUUAUGAGUGAGAGCCAUGGCCACAUGCUGCUACAGCCCAAUGUCCACUUGGGUGAAGAAGAUGGGACGCAGGGUCACCCAGAUGGGGCCCUGCCAAAGCUGGACACUGCCAAUGGUGCUCCCAAAGUUUACAAGACAGCAGACAACAGCACUGUGAAGAAAGGUCCUCCUGUGGCCCCCAAGCCUGCCUGGUUUCGCCAAAGCUUGAAAGGUUUGCGGAAUCGUGCUCCAGACCUCAAAAGGCUGCCCAGCGCAGCCUCGUCCACCCAGCCAACGCCUGCAGCCAGGGAGCACUCCGGGCCUCACCUGCGGGCCUCCUCCUCCAUCAAGCAGAGAAUCAGCUCUUUUGAAACCUUUGGCUCCUCUCAGCUUCCCGAUAGAGCAGCCCAGAGACUGAGCCUCCAGGCCCCCAUAGGAGAGGCAGCAAAACCUUCUGGAAAGCAAGAGGGAGGAUGGGUUUCUGGCCUCUUUAGGCAAGGGGCUCCAUCCACUAGUCAGCGUCAGCAGUCAGAGAAAGAGCAGCUGCCCCUGGCACCUCCCACGGCCUCAGAGGCCAGCGACCCCGGUGUGUCUGAGUCCCCUCCACCAGGGCUGCAGCCCACUCAGAAGACUCUCCCCACUGACCCAGACCCUCUCCUGAGGCUGCUGUCAGCACAGACUGAGGAUUCACAAGGCCCCGUUGUCAAGACCCUGGGCCAGCGGGCACGGAGCUUCCCUCUGACCAGGACCCAGUCCUGUGAGGUGAGGCCAUCAGAUGAAAAGACCAAUCGACUCUACUCCAUCAGCAGCCAAGUGUCGUCAGCUGUCAUGAAGUCUUUGCUUUGCCUUCCAUCUUCAGUCUCCUGUGGCCAGACCCCCUGCAGCCCCAAGGAAGGGGCACCUACAACGCCAUCGUCCAAUGAAGACCCAGCAGCAAAUAGUUCUGCUGAAACACCUGCCUCGGACACGGGGUUCUCGCUCAACCUUUCAGAGCUGAGAGAAUACACAGAGGGCCUGACGGAGCCCAAGGAAGCCGAUGACUGGAGCCACAGUUCCCCUCAGUCCGGCCAAUCUGUUAUCUCUCUGCUGAAUUCAGAGGAAUUGAAGAAGCUCAUAGAGGAAGUGAAGGUUCUGGAUGAAGCGAUGUUAAAGCAAUUGGACAGCAUCCAUGUCACCAUAUUGCACAAGGAGGAAGGGGCCGGCCUUGGGUUCAGCUUGGCAGGAGGUGUGGAUCUAGAAAACAAGGUGAUCACGGUUCACCGAGUGUUCCCAAACGGGUUGGCCGCCCAGGAAGGGACUAUUCAGAAGGGCAACGAGGUCCUGUCCAUCAACGGGAAGUCUCUCAAAGGGGCCACGCACACCGAUGCCCUGGCCAUCCUCCGCCAAGCUCGGGACCCACGGCAAGCUGUAAUUGUCACAAGGAAGCCAGCUUUGGAGGACACGCCUGACCUGAACUCCUCCACCGACUCUGCAGCCUCAAUCUCUGUAGCCAGUGAUGCUUCUGUAGACUCUACAGCGGAGGUCUGCACGGUGACCCUGGAGAAGACCUCUGCAGGGCUGGGCUUCAGCCUGGAAGGAGGAAAGGGCUCACUCCACGGAGACAAGCCUCUCACCAUUAACAGGAUAUUCAAAGGGACAGCCUCGGAGCAGAGUGAGACAGUCCAGCCAGGAGACGAGAUCCUACAACUGGCCAGUUCUGCCAUGCAAGGCAUCACGCGGCUUGAAGCCUGGAAUGUCAUCAAGGCAUUGCCUGAUGGACCUGUCACUAUUGUCAUUAGGAGGAAAAGCCUGCAGUCCAAGGGGACCACAGUCGCUGGAGACCCCUAGGCAGAGCACCAAAGCUGAUGCCCGAAGCCCAUAGCAUGCAGCUCCCCCUAACCUCUGAUUCUCAGGGUCUCUGUUACCUCCCACCCAGAUGGGGGAAAGCACAGAUGUGCUUCCUGG